CGCAGCAGGCGGAGGCCGCGCUCUCUGUGUCGGCCCGGCCUGUGGUAGCGGCGGCGGCCCGGGACUCCUCAGACAUUGCGACCAUGGAGAUCGGCACCGAGAUCAGCCGCAAGAUCCGGGGCGCUAUAAAGGGAAAAUUGCAGGAGCUGGGGGCUUAUGUCGAUGAAGAGCUCCCUGAUUAUAUUAUGGUAAUGGUAGCCAACAAGAAGAGUCAGGAGCAGAUGACAGAGGACCUUUCUCUUUUCCUAGGAAACAACACUGUCAGGUUUACUGUAUGGCUACAUGGUGUGUUAGAUAAACUACGGUCAGUAACUACUGAACCUACUAGCCUAAAGUCUUCAGACUCAAACAUCUUUGAGAGCAACUUGCCUUCAAGCAAAAGCAGUUCAUGUGGGAGUGAUGAGAGACGGCGUGAGGAAAUCUUACCACCUCUUGCAGUCUCCAGCACUCGGGCUGAAAGAAAUGAUUCAAGAGUUUCAACCAGCUCACAAGAGCAGAGAGCCGCUGCUGCCCGGCAGUCUUAUGAAGAUGGAUCUGCAUCCCGCUUAAUGUCAACGGUCAAGCCUCUAAGAGAGUUGUCGCCUUCUGAAGCUGUGAUUGACAUUAAACCUGAACCAGAUGAUCUCAUUGAUGAAGACCUAAAUUUUGUGCAGGAGAAUCCAUUGUUGUCUCGGAAGAAAGCUGUUGUAACUGUAACUUAUGGAUCUUCCCGUCCUACUGCUGAAAUCUACAGACCACCAGCUAGCAGAAGCACGGACAGCCAUAUACACUUACAAAGAUUGCCGCAGCAAGGCAGUCUACAGGGUGGUAGGCAGUUGGACAUGGAAAGCUGCAGGUCUUUGGAAACAAUCCCAAUAUGUGAUCCAGAAGCAUUUGGCAGCUUAGCAGAGAGUUACAGGCCCACCUCCAAACUGAGUGCUGAUAAAAUAAGCAGUGAGGAAGAAAGCUCCAGGAAGAGAAAAUUGCCAGUUAUAAGCUCAGUGGUCAAAGUGAAAAAGUUCAGUAAUGAUGGGGAGGAGGAGGAGGAGGAGGAAGACUAUGGGUUACGAAUAGGAAGUAUCUCCAGCAGUGUGUCUGUACCAGCAAAGCCUGAAAGAAGACCUUCACUACCACCCUCCAAACAGGCCAAUAAGAAUUUAAUACUGAAAGCUAUAUCUGAAGCUCAGGAAUCGGUUACAAAGACAACCAACUAUUCCACAGUUCCACAGAAGCAGACAGUUCCAGUUGCACCCAGAACAAGAAUUGCCCAGGAUGAAACUCUAUUAGAAGUGAUCCAUGUACAGAGCCGACCUUCCAGAGUGAGCGCCCAGAUUGAGGCAGAAGAACCCAAGGAACAGACAUUAGAAAGAAUUCAAGGAACUCAACAAAUGCAGCUCUUGUCCCGACUCCAGACUGAACCGUUAAUUGAAGAAACUUUGCAAAUGACUCAAGAUUAUUAUGACGUGGAGUCUGUGGUCCACACUGAUACUAGAUCAUUUAUUCUGAAAAAGCCAAAGCUAUCUGAGGAAAUAGUAGUGCCACAGAACCAGGAAUUGGGAAAGAAGGCUGCAGAGGCAAUGCGGGCACUUUCAGGACGUCUUAUACAGACAAGAGAGCAGCUUGCACAACCAGAAAAGCCUGCUAGCCCCAAGUUCAUUGUGACACUGGAUGGUGUCCCCAGCCCACCAGGGUACAUAUCUGAUCAAGAAGAAGAGGAAAGCUGUAUAACUGAAGGAGUGAAGCCAGUUACCCAAAAUGCAGCUGCAAACAAGGGAUUAAAAAGCUUUCAAGCACAGCAGAUGCAGGUUAUAAGCAGGCAGCUGGAGAGCCCUUAUGUGGAGAUGGAGGAAUUGACUGUGCUGCAGAAACAAGAGAAAGUGCUUGAGCGUUGCAAGUACUGGCCUGCCUGUAAAAAUGGAGAUGAAUGUGCAUACCACCACCCCACAUUACCAUGCAAAGUCUUUCCCAGUUGCAAAUUUGCUGAUAAAUGCCUGUUUAUCCACCCCAACUGUAAAUACGAUGCAAAGUGUACUAAGCCAGACUGCCCUUACACUCACGCCAGCCGACGAAUCCCAUUGCCGCCUCCCAAACCAGCACCACUACAAGCCCCACCAGCAACCUCCAACAGUCAGCUCUGCAGAUUUUUCCCUGCUUGUAAGAAAAUGGAAUGUCCAUUUUAUCAUCCAAAACACUGUAGAUUUAACACCCAGUGUACCAGACCAGACUGCCCAUUCUACCAUCCCACUAUUGCUGUACCUCCACGUCAUGCCUUGAAAUGGACUAGAACUCAAACCAGGCAUGGUACAUUCAGGAAGAAGGCCACAGAAUGAUUCACUCACUAGCCAAAACAAAGCUAGCAACAAGACAUUUGUCUAUUGUAUACACUAACCAAAAAACCACUUGCUUUUGACAAAAAUUAAGGCUUGCCGCAUCUACUAUGCUGAUAAAUCAAACAGGAAAACAUGUCACUUUGCCGCUAUAAGAAGAGUAUAUAUUAAAACCAAAUAGCUCAUCCUUCCAUACGGUUAGGGCUUGCUAUCCACUUACAGCAUGUAAAUAAUUAUUUGGGUGCCGUGUACUGUUUUUCAGGUGGUGCAGGUAUCAGCUAACAUUAACCAGAUUUCUGUAAUUAGGGUAACUAACAACUUCUGAUUAUGUUCACUGUUAAGAUUUUUGUUCUAGCUAAAUACUGACUUUAUUCGUGCAUACGUUCAGUUACUGAAAAAGAGUGCUAAACUAAGUUGUUCUUCCUCCAACCCCUUCCUGGAUCCAAAUAAUGGUGUCCAGUGAUCAUGUGUUUAAGAAAGAAAAAUUGAGACAGUUAAGGUUAAAAUGAUUCAAUACAUUUGGCUCAUUAGUUCUCCCCUUUAUCCUAACCUUUUCCACAUCUUGGCUCUUUUGACUACAAUAGGAUCAUGUUUAAGUCUGAGAUGAUCGUUUUAGAAUUCCAAUCUGUGCAUAGGAUGUCAAUUCUUUGUUAUUUAAAUACUUUUCAAUAACAGAUGGAUUCAUGGGUAUCUAGACUAGAAUGUGUUAUUCUUUCACUUGUAUAAUGGGUUUACUAGUUUUUUACCUUGCGGACCUUAAAGGUAUCCUAGAGCUGGAUUCAUUGCAAACUAGAAAGUGAACCUGCAUGAUUGAGUGGCAGAAUACAAAAAAAAAAAAAAAAA